AGGGCGCGGCGCGGCGUCCCCGUCACGGCGUGACGUCGGCGGUGCCCAUGGCCGAGGGCAGCGCGGGGGGGCCAUGGCCUCGUCGGUGGUGCGGGCCACGGUGCGCGCCGUCAGCAAGAGGAAGCUGCAGGCCACGCGCGCCGCCCUCACGCUGACCCCAUCAGCCGUGCAGAAGAUAAAACAACUUCUUAAAGAUAAACCUGAGCAUGUAGGUGUGAAAGUAGGUGUUCGUACAAGAGGAUGCAAUGGACUCUCUUACACAUUAGAAUAUACAAAGUCUAAAGGAGACUCUGAUGAAGAAGUAGUUCAAGAUGGGGUUAGAGUGUUUAUUGAGAAGAAAGCACAGCUGACACUUCUAGGAACUGAAAUGGACUAUGUAGAAGACAAACUGUCCAGUGAAUUUGUCUUCAAUAAUCCAAACAUCAAAGGAACAUGUGGCUGUGGAGAAAGCUUUAACAUCUGAAACUUAGGACUAAUUUUUUGACUUUGAACACCACGAAACACUUGCUGUUUUUCUUUCAGAAGCAAAUGAAUUUUCUUCAGGUUCUUAGGCUGUGUCAAGUGUGGAUGCCAUUAAGGAAAAUAAAGUUAAAGCAUAUUGAAAUUUUAAAUUGUGUGUUAUAUUCCAGCACUGAUAUAGUUAUGCUGUAAUAUGUGGUGAGUUGGGAUCCAAAAGGUAAGAACAGUAAGUGCUAUAGCAACAUCUCUGUAUUCUCACAUGCCAAGGAAAUAAAUUUCACCGUUCUUUUCCUUUGUCAUUUUCUUUGUCCACUAUACUCGCAAUUCCCCAUCCAAAACCCAUGGAAUUAUCAAAAAUAUAUUCUGAUUUGAUUUUUUUUUUUUUUUUGGGUGGGGGGAAAUAAAAUCACCAUUUAUAUGUAUUUGUUUAUAUACACAGAUCUAUGGUCUUCUGCUUCAAAGUUCACUGAUUAUGUAGAUGCUUACUUUAUGUUCUUAGAUUUCUGAUGGUUUCACGUUUUUUAUGUGUAGGUUUUCUGGUAUCCUAUUUUCCUGUAAAUCCAAGGAAGUCCAAAAAGAAGUUAAUGUAUUAAUGUAGUAGGCAGUUAGAGCACCGUUUGUAGAAAUACUUCAAAAUAUGCUAAUCCAGUUUUAAUCCUGCUCCUUGCCUUGUUGAAGGCAGAGCCUAUGUUGUUUCUGUUUCAACAACCUGAAACACAUUCAGGCACUGGAGUGCUAAAGCAGGAGUAAAGCAGGUCUUGUUUCUCACAUUUCUAUUGUUUGUCCUCAUCCUUCUUGAUUUAAAUUGCAAAGUUGGUAACACUGCUCAGAAUUCAGAUUUCAGUGGUCACAGAAUGUGUAUAUGCUCUCAAGUGCUGUCUGUGCACCAAGCACCAAAGCUAUAUGCAUGGGGUUUCUUGAGAGAAAAAAAUACUUUUUGUAGCCAUGUGUGCUAUUAAUUUUGUUAGAAUUUGAACUCUGUGGUGACAGUGUAGGUACUAGGAUUCUUCCCUUACAAAACUUAACGGUAACUUCUAUUUAACUCCCAUCCUGAGGUCAGUUUAGUAACAGGAAGUCUUUGUGAUUUAAAAACAAAAAAAACUUGUAUUUAGUAGUUGUUUAAAAUAAUCUAGUCAGUAAUUAAUUAUACUUACAGGAUGCUAUUUUUUCUUUGGGAUUAAUGUACUUCCUUUAAUCAGAUUAUUCCUUUUCUAAGAUGGUGUUUUUCAAGCUGAUUGUAUUCAGUACUUCUUCCAUUGGAGCUCAGGCAGAAGUGUGUUUCUCCAGGCCUUCCCAAAGCUGGUAGGAAAAAAAGUACUCUUCCAUCCUAAUGUGUCUCUAAUUUCCCUGAUUGUCCAAAGAGGACACUGUGCAGCUUAGCUACUUACUUGUGUGGAAGAGAUGGUAACUUGUCUGCCUGGGAAACUGACCUGAGCAGUUGGUCAAAAGGCUGGAAGUAGGAAGCAGAGGACAAGAGGGACUAAGGCUCCUAGAGUCAUGCCACGUGCCUGUGAACAACUUUACAGCAGCAGUGUGUAAGGCUGUGGGAUUGCAGCUGGGUAGAUCCAGUUUGAGAAAAGUUGUACAGGGAAGAAUAAAAAUGAAAAAAUGUGUAUUGCAUAAGAAAAGAAAGCCAGAAUUUCCAUAACUAUAGUUAAUGUUAAGUACUUGAAUUUUAGUUGUAUACUGUAUCAGCUUUUGAUGUAAAAAGCCUUUUUCCUGCAGUGGUCAACUAUUGUACAGAGUUACUUUAUACAGUAAUUCAGGAAUAACUGGUAGUACACUGGUUAGCUGAAUUUAUAGUGCUGUAUGUCCUUUGGUCUUGCCAAACAAACAAAUCCAGUUAAUGUGAUACAGCUGAAUCAGUAUGUCUAAAACUCUUGAGUUAAGGGCAUCUCUUCAGAUUACAUUUCUAUGCUUCUUGCUAGGGGAUAAGACUAUGAAUGUAGUAGCACUAGUGUUUCCUAAGAAUGCAGUUAUUUACUCAGCUUGUUUCAGUGUGCGUUUGUUCUGUUUUGGAAGGGAGGGUUGGGUUUUUUUGUUAGUUUUGGGGUGUUUUUUUGUUUUUUUUUUUUUUUUUGGACCUGUGGUGCUCACAGCAGUCCUUUUCAUGUGUUCUGUGUAUAUGCCUUGAAUGAAAGUUUGCACUUCCAUACACCCAUGAAAUAAUCCUCUAAGAAUUAUCAAUUUACUGACACUUAACGCACAGUGUGUUAAAGUAGGCUUCUGUAAAGUGCUAUUAACAGUUAUAUAGGAACAUGGUUUUGUCAGUCGAUACAUUAUAAUUUUGUGCAAUACUGUAUGUAGAGUUCUCAGUUAUAACAAUAAAUAUUGCCUGUUGAUAAACAUGAAA